AGGGAGGAGGGAGGGGGCCGCCGCGCGGACCGCAGGGAGCCGGGCGCAGGGAGCACGGGAGGGCGGAGCGGAGGGCUGCCAGCAACGGGCGACGGGCGAGCGACCCUACAGCAGCCCCCACAUCUCUGCUGCCUGUGCCCGCGCCUGCCCCCGGGGUCCGCGGCGGCCCGGCGCGCGAGCGCUGACCUCUGCGGAGGCGGCGCGGGCUCAGCAUCGGGCCGGGGCCGGGAGGGGCACCGGGGCCGGGGGGCGGCGCUCCGGCCCGGCCCGGCCCCGCCCGAUGUCCAUGAGUGCGAACACCAUGAUCUUCAUGAUUCUGGGGGCGUCGAUCGUGAUGGCCAUCGCGUGCUUGAUGGACAUGAACGCGCUGCUGGAUCGAUUCCAUAACUACAUCCUCCCGCACCUGCGGGGCGAGGACCGCGUCUGCCACUGCAACUGUGGCCGGCACCACAUCCACUACGUGAUCCCAUACGACGGGGACCAGUCGGUGGUGGACGCCUCUGAGAACUACUUUGUGACAGACAAUGUGACCAAGCAGGAGAUCGACCUUAUGCUGGGCCUGCUGCUGGGCUUCUGCAUCAGCUGGUUCCUGGUGUGGAUGGAUGGUGUCCUGCACUGUGCUGUACGCGCCUGGAGGGCUGGUCGGCGCUAUGAUGGCUCGUGGACCUGGCUGCCCAAGCUGUGCAGCCUGCGGGAGCUGGGCCGGCGGCCACACAGGCCCUUCGAGGAGCCUACAGGGAACAUGGUGCACGUGAAGCAGAAGCUCUACCACAACGGCCACCCCAGCCCACGGCACCUGUGAGUGCCCAGGACUCGGGGCUGCUGUGCACAUGUAAAGGGACCUCGUGGACACCCAGCUGGCAAGACGGGACUGCGGCCUCAGGCCCAGGGUAUGCUGGGCUGUGGCCAGCUGGGCUGUGGCCAGCAGGCAAAUCCAGUGGAAGGUGCUGUCUCUUCUUUUUAUAAAGGGGGUUGGGUGGGGGCUGGGUUGGGGAUGGCCUCUGGGCUUCAGGGACAGCAGCCUGGUCUCCACAGUGAGCAGGACACAAAGGCAGACUCUUAAGAGGUGCUGGGGCCAGGGGUGGUGGGUCCAUAGUGGGGAGAGGCUUGGUCUGGUCCACACUAGCCUAAGGCCACAUCUCAGUGAAAGCAGUGUUUCUUGAGCACCUGUUGUCCAUCCGUCCGUCUGGAGGGGAGGGAUGUGUCAGGGCCUGCGCCCAUCUGCACACGGGAGCAUGUGCAUGGGGCGUGUGCGACUGUAGGGUGGGACUGAGGGGCGGGCCCCUAGCAGCAAUAAGAAUGUGGUGGCCUCAGGUGUCCCAGCCCUCACUGUGAAGCCCACCCUGCCUGGCCAGUAAAUUCUCCAGAAAGCUCCA